AUGGAUGCCAUUCCUGGAGGAACCACGGAGGACAUUGUCGACGAAGAUCCCGAAAUCGGGCAUAAGGAAGGCGCCGAGCCAGUUGCCCGUCAACCUUGCGGUGCAGGGACAAGAAGACGGACUUUACGUCCGAUGUCCUCGCUGGCGUGCCCAUCGCGGCCAGCUCUGAUCGAAUUUAUGUCACUGUUGCCGCCUUACGAAGCCGCUGAGCUACUCGUCCAUACCUAUUUCGACAGAGUCCAUUGGUUUCUGCUUAUCUUCCAGCAGGAUGACUUUCGUCAGAGGUGGCCCCAAUUAUAUAAGACACAAUUCGACGGCGCAAGAGGGGCUUACAACGAUCUGGGGUUUCUCAGUACUUUUUUGAUGGUUAUUGCUAUUGGAGCGCACUAUGCCGGACCCUAUCGGCAAGGUCUCCUAGCUCGCCACGGUGUUGAACAUGAGACGCUCAAGCAAUGCAUUUUCAAGGCUAUCAAAUCGAGUCUGCUGGAUAUUAUCUCGGUUGGGUCGUUAGAAGUGGUUCAAACGUGCGUCCUGUUAGGAACAUACUAUCUCUUCCACGGUGCUCCCCGGCUGGCAUGGCCGGUCUGCGGCUGCGGCCUUCGGGUUGCUCAGUCGCUCAACCUACACCGCAAGGUCAACAAAGACCAUGUCACUUUGUCAUCAGAUCCUAUCGAACGCAGCCGGAAUGAAACGAGGAAGCGUUGCUGGUGGGCCAUUUACGAGAUAGAGACGUUCUGUUCGAUGUCAUACGGCUAUCCUCACAGCAUCAAGGACGCAGACUGUGAUGUUGAGCCGCUGGAUCCGUCGGCAAAGCUACAGAAUGCUCAGUCACCUGUGUCUUUUGAUGAGCCAUUGAGACGCGAGACCACCCUUUUGUCCUACAAGUAUUACAUGUCCAAAUUAUCGGUCCUUACCAAAGCAGUCCUCACCGAGCUCUAUGGAAUUGGGCCUGGUCCAGUGAAUAACGACAGGGCUUCUGAUGAGUUUGGCUCGAGCCUACGCGCCUUUGUUAUGAGAGUAGCUAGUCUGGAUGCAAGGCUUCGAAAUUGGCGAGCUGAAAUCCCUCCCAAACUACGAUGGCAGACGGUUGCUUCUACCAGCAUCAGCUAUUCAUCCAAGGAAGAAUUUGAUCGAGAUAUUGGCGCAUCGGGUGUUCGAUUCGACAAUCAUAUCUACCAUCUUCAGGCGUUAGCACUUGAGCUCGCAUAUGAAAACACCAUGAUUCUAGCUCACAGGCCGCUUCUGUCGUACAAGCUCGUGACUAAAACUGCUGACGAGAAGCUGGAUGAUUUCUCUCACCGUGACACAAUUCAAGGGAAUCCCUUUUUAGGAUCGAUGCAAGCCUGCCAUGAUGCAGGCAUGAGCUUGUCCGAACUCGUGAACAGCCCAAUUCUUGAUCUUGUCUCUGAAACCUAUGCCGCUGCCUUUGUUAGCAUCCAUACGUUCACCGCGGGAGUUGCUCUUGGGAUUUUGAGUAGUAUUGAGCCGCUCACACCGCAGGCUCAAGAGGCCAAAGUUGGUCUGCAUCGGCUUAUGUCCAUUCAAGCAAAAUUGAAGUCUCGAUCCCUACUGGCUACGCAGGGACUGGAUAUCCUUCAAAGGUUGACGAAACUUGUCUUGGACAAAGAGCUAAGCAUGAUGCUUGAUGUUUCGAAGCCCCUACAAUGGCCAGAGCAACACAGCAGCUCAGAUGUCGAUCUCAAUGCCGUUCAAACAGAUAUUAAUUCUCCAAAGCCAUCUUCAAGCGGCCAGCGUACGAGGAUGUCGCCUCAUGGUGCUGUUGGGGCUGUCAUGCCGGCGGACCUGGAAAUGACCAUGUCUGAUUCUCGAGACAGCCAAGAAACGGAGACCCUGGCACAGAUGCUGGAACCAAACAGUGUCGGCAACUUCUCGCAUCUUCAGUAUGUGGAGGACGCUUCUGUGUCGGAGGCGCUCUAUGAUUUCGACCAAGUGCUAUCAACAUAUGUUAACGGCUCUUGCGUUGAUCCUGGCCCAUUGUCGACUGAGUCGUCGCAUGCCCGGACGCUUCAUGAGGAAGGAUUUCCAAUGCUGGAACAAACGUGGAUCUGGGGGCCGGAUACUCUACCACGCCAUGACUGA